GAUUUUUCUGGAAACAAAAUGUCCGUUAUCAAGUGCAUUCUAGUGCUAUGUGUUGCUAUUGCAGCAACAAAUGGCUUCGCCCUCGGGCCCACGCAGAUCGUCUUCCAUUUAUACACGAGAUCUAAUCCUGAACUGAGUCAGCCGCUGUUGCCUUCUGAGGCGUCUAUCAUGAACUCUUCGUUCCAACGCUCGAAGCGCACCAUUAUCACAAUUCACAAUCAUGGACAAUCCGUUGCUGGAAACUUUAACGCUUUUGUUGUCCCGGCUCACCUUGCGGCUGAAGACGUAAACGUGAUCGCCGUUGACUGGAGCCCCGGUGCGUCUAUGUACACCUUCGCACUCAGCAAUGUUCCACAAGUUGGAAACGUCAUCGCCCAAUUCGUAAACAUUCUCACAAACUUUGGAUACAGCACUGAUAACAUUCGGAUCGUCGGUGUCGGUCUAGGAGCACAUGCUGCUGGUAUUGCUGCCAGAAGAAUCCAAGGAAACGUACCUCAUAUUAUUGCUCUUGACCCAUCUUUAACCGGCUGGACUCAUCAUCCUGACAUCCUAAGUAAGAAUGAUGCCAAUAUUGUUGAAGUAAUCCACACGACGUCUGGCAUUUACGGCUACGAUAAGCCCCUCGGUGACAUUGACUUCUAUCCUAACGGCGGUGUCGUCCAAACUGGUUGUGGUACUGAAACUUCGUGUUCCCACACCUACGCAUACGUUUUCUACGCUGAAUCGAUAACUGCUGAAACUAACAAUGGAAAUAAAUUCGUCGGAACUGCUUGCCAAUCCUAUGAAGACGCCUUGAAUUUACAAUGCACCAGUGAGGACAAAAUCAUAUUUGGUGGAACCAAUACCAAGACCAGUGGUAGCGGUAUUUACCUGUUCCUGACCAACAUUCAAUCACCCUUCGCCAGGGGAUGAAGUGGAGAUUGUUUAAGAAUAUUCUUAUUUUUAUGUUUCAAUAAACGCAGUUUAUUUUAAUGAAUACUUU